AUGCCCCCCAAAGCCUUCCUGGCGCUGCCGGGCAGGGCGCAGAGCCCUCCCGUACCAUCCCCCCCACACUUACCUGGCCCAGUUGUGCUCAUCGGGGACUCUGGGGUGGGGAAGAGCAACCUGCUGUCGCGUUUCACCCGCAACGAGUUCAACCUGGAGAGCAAGAGCACCAUCGGGGUGGAGUUUGCCACCAGGAGCAUCCAGGUGGACAACAAGACGGUGAAGGCUCAGAUCUGGGACACGGCCGGGCAGGAGCGGUACCGCGCCAUCACCUCCGCGUACUACCGGGGGGCGGUGGGAGCUCUGCUGGUCUACGACAUCGCCAAGUACCUGACGUACGAGAACGCGGAGCGGUGGCUGAAGGAGCUGCAGGACCACGCGGACGCCAACAUCGUCAUCAUGCUGGUGGGCAACAAGAGCGACCUGAGGCACCUGAGGGCUGUGCCCACCGAUGAGGCCAGGAGCUUUGCAGAGAAGAACGGGUUGUCUUUCCUGGAGACCUCUGCUCUGGACUCCACCAACGUGGAGAUGGCUUUCCACAAUAUCCUCUCAGAGAUCUAUCACAUCGUGUCCCAGCGACAGAUCUCGGCACAACCCGACUCCGAGUUCGGCCCCAGCACGACCAUCGAGCCCAUCCGGGUGCUGCCCACCCAGCAGGAGGGCAGGCAGACCCCCUGCUGCCAGAACAUCUGA